AUGGAUGCGCAAAACGGAUACGGCAACAGCCCCUCAGGCCUCCUCGCUCAAUACCUUUCCCAGGUCGCCACGGCAAUACACAGCGAGAACGGCGCCCUUCUCGCUAGCCUCACAGACCCAUUACUCGGCCCCGACUGGGUAGAACCCCUACAAAGUGACCUUUCACAGUUCCUUUCGUCGAGUGAUGGUGGGACGAGUGGGGCAGCGGAUAGUACGGUUGUAGUGGAUAGUGGUGCCCUUGCCGAGGAUGUGGCGGCGGCGGGGAUUCCAGCGCCGUACGACAAUUUCGUAGUGGCUUUCUUGUCGUAUCUGACGACGCCGGACCCGAGGGAUUUCUAUGAUGUCGCGGCAGGUGUCUUCGCGCAAUUCUGCAACCCGGUGUUCUCGAAAAGCUGGCAUGUUCCGGUCGUGAAGACACUUUGCGAGGGUCUGAUACAUCUAGCCCUCGAGCGCGACAAUUACCUGAAAAGUCUUGGCAAGCGGCGAACCACAGCAACCAACCUGCAGAAUCGGUUUUCGUGGCUCAUGUCGUUGAUUCUCGUCGAUCGACCAGGGUUUCAGGAAACCAAAUCCGCGGCGCUCACAGUCGCAAACAUCGCGUUGCGCUUCUAUGUCCGCAUGGGCGAAUCGCAGCUCUGCACGAAACUCGUCCGGCAGAUCGACUCGAGGCGGCUGGAUCUCUCGAUAUAUCCGAUGAGCCAACGUGUCACGUAUCACUUUCUGGUCGGAAGGUUGAAAAUUUACUACCACAAGUUUCGGGCGGCGGAAAAACAUCUGUCCUUUGCGUUGGAGCAUUGUCACAAAAAUUCCCUUGACAAUCGCCGACGCAUCAUUCCCCUCUACAUCGUAGCACGUCUCAUCCGCGGUCUGUUGCCAAAGCCGCAGCUUCUAGCAAAGUACCAUCUGGAGGAGCACUUCGGACCGCUGAUCGCUGCUCACAAAAAGGGCAACUUCGCGGAGUACGAUCGCAUCGUGAUCGCCAAUGUCAAGUACUACAGUAGUUUGGGCGUGUUCACCAUCCUUCAGCAGCGGGCGAGGAUGAUCAUGUUUCGAAACCUGUACAGGCUUGUAUUCUCCAUCAGCCAAUCGAUGAACGCAAACCCAACUGAAGCGCCCAUGCAGCUCGACUAUAUGCGACUGAUGCAGGCAUCACAAUUCGCUGGGGCGACGGAUUGCACAAACAUUGCGUGUGUCGAGAGCAUAGUGGUAGCGCUGAUCGCGCAAGGGCUUAUCAAGGGAUACACACUACCGACGCGUGGUAUUCUGGUGGUCUCACGAACGAACCCGUUUCCGUCGCCGUACCAACUCGCGAAUACAAGUCGGAAGACUCGGUCAGCGGCAGCCAGAUCGCAACCGGUCCGACGAACUUCUGCGGCCGCAGCAGCUGCAGCAGCUGCCGCUCAUGGUUCUUCUUCGUUCCCGAAUCUGCACCUUGGCUCGUUGCAAGCCCGGCGGCCAGUGAGGCGAAUUUCGGCAGGGUUGAAGUCCCCGACAUGA